CGCUCCGGGAGGCGGGGCAAAGUCUGGCUCCCGAGGCUCCGCCUCCUCGUGCUGCCGCCGGGUUUGCCGCGGUGGGGACUCUGGCAGUUCGGAUCCUGUCAGUGACCGGGUCCGAGAUGGCGGCGGACUCCGGGGACCGGGAGACCGCCUGCACGCUGGAGUUCGCCGUGCAGAUGACCUGUCAGAGCUGUGUGGACGCAGUGCGCGCGUCCCUGCAAGGGGUGGCAGGCGUCCAGAGUGUAGAGGUGCAGUUGGAGAACCAGAUGGUCCUGGUGCAGACCACCCUGCCCAGCCAGGAGGUGCAGGCCCUCUUAGAAGGAACGGGGCGGCAGGCGGUACUCAAGGGCAUGGGCACUGGCCUAUUGCAGAAUCUGGGGGCAGCAGUGGCCAUUCUAGGGGGCCCUGGCCCUGUGCAGGGGGUGGUGCGCUUCCUACAGCUGACCCCUGAGCGCUGCCUCAUUGAGGGAACCAUUGAUGGCCUAGAGCCUGGGCCACACGGACUCCAUGUGCAUCAGUUCGGAGACCUCACAAGGCACUGCCACAGCUGUGGGGACCACUUUAACCCUGACGGAACAUCUCACGGGGGCCCUCAGGACGCUGAACGGCAUCGGGGGGACCUGGGGAACGUCCACGCUGACGCUGAUGGCCAAGCCGUCUUCAGGAUGGAGGAUGGGCAGCUGAAGGUAUGGGAUGUGAUUGGCCGAAGCCUGGUCAUCGAUGAGGGAGAAGACGACCUGGGCCGGGGCGGCCAUCCCUUAUCGAAGAUCACAGGGAACUCGGGGGAGAGGUUAGCCUGUGGCAUCAUCGCUCGCUCCGCCGGCCUCUUCCAGAACCCCAAGCAGAUCUGCGCCUGCGACGGCCUCACCAUCUGGGAGGAGCGCGGCCGGCCCAUUGCUGGCAAGGGACGGAAGGAACCGCCCCAGCCCCCUGCCCACCUCUGAGCGGGGCCUCAGCCUCAGCCUCAGGUCCGCCGUCCUCCCAGCCGGUGCCCUCCUCCUCCUCCUCCAGUCCGAGAGUGAGGGCGCGGGGUGUGCAGGGGUCGCUGUGACGUUCCCUCGGCGAAGUAAAGUCUUCCGGUUCCCAUGGAGCUCUGUUUUGUCCGUGUCCCGUGUCCCAUGGGCGUGGGGAACACAGCCCCUCUGGGCCUGCCCGCCCCUCCAAGGGCCAGCGCUGGGUUUUGGAGCCAAACAAAGCUGGAUUUAAAUCCACAGCCUCCUGAGGCCGCUGCCUCCUCAGGAGCACUGAAGGACCACAGCAGUCACAUUGCUGCUUGUGCCUGUCUCCCUCCGCUCCCCGUGGCCGGUGGAACCCAGUGUGGACAGCUACCUCCGGACUUGGGGGUCAAGAGAUACUCCUGCAUCCUCCCAACGCAUCCCCCCUUUUAAAAAAGUCAUCUGUCUUGAAUGAUUUCUUUACUCACCAGAGGAAGACUCUAAAUUAAUCUAAUCAGUGCUUGGUACAGGGCCUGGCACAGGGAAAGUUAAAGGAGCAGUGGCCGUGAUUCUGAGACCAAAUGGGGCCCUGGAGGCAGCCCCAGUCAAGCUCCUCUCACAGAGGUGGCCAAGGGUUAGUGUUGGGGCCAGGGAUUCUGGUCCUCCCACUCAUCUGCUUUGCUGCCCACUCCUACCCCCCACUGGGCUGUGUCAGGCUUGCUCAUCCGUGACAACAUGGCUUCUAUGGCAUGUGGGCUGUCAGAGUCACACUUUGCCCUUGCCCUGCCUGCAUGGAACCAGGCGGGUGGUUUUGGGAUUUAGCUGGCCUUGCCCUGGGUGUGCCUGGCUCCACUCCCAUUCCAGGCCCUGGAGGCUGCUGCCGUGCCUCUGGCCCAGCCCGUACCCUGCUCCUCCUUGCCUCACCUCUCUGGUUGCUUUCCAGCUCCCCUUGUUUCUUGGGGAACCAAAUCCUUUUAAUCCUGGGCCCCGGCUGUCUCUCCACGUCCGCCUCAUUGCAAGAACGCCUCUUGGACUCCGACCGCCAUUCACUUCCUGCUGGAAGUCUGACUGGGCUUAACCCUUUUAUGGCUAAACUGCUCACCAUCCUCUGCUGUGUUUCCGCCCUGAAGAAUCAACAUCCCCACUGGCUUUUCUUUCUUCUAAACUCUCAGCUGUAUAGUUUACAAACGCUGUUUUUAAUCACAGCACACUGCCCACACAUCUUGAAGGCCCAUCUAUAAAGCGGAUGUGGACCAUCCUGGGGUUCUGGAGAGCAGAGUUUGAAAAUCUUUGCCAAAUUCAGACAUUUUUGUGUUAGCUCUCAACUUCUGCCAUGUCCAUAAACCAUCUGUCCUUCCAAACACUAAACCUACUUAAAAAGGAAAUUGUAAUCCUGUUUACUAAUAAUACUGAACCUAUAUCGUGUUAUUAAGUGCCAGUCUCUGUGUGAAGCACUUUAUGUGCAGUAAUUACUUUAAUCCUCAUGACAAUACUACAAAGGAGGUUCUGUUAUUAUCCCGUGUGACAGAUGAGGAGACUGAAGCACAGAGGUGGUUAUGGGACUUGCCCUAAGACACACAGUCACAUGGCCCUAUGCUCUUACCCACUAUAUUAGUUCUCGUUGUCAAGUAUGGAAAGCAAGGUUCAUUAGUCAUAAACAAGUUUGCUAGAA